AUUGCUAAAGAUAAUCCUCAAUUAUUUAGUGAAAAAUUAAAAAAUUAUAUUACAAGUCAUGAAUUUUGGGCCAAUGUUAAAUGUUUUUAUAAAGUUCUUGAACUAGUUAAAACGGUAGUUAAAACAGUUGAAUCAUCUAAUAUUAAGGUUGCUGAUGUGUUUUUAACUUUGAUUAAAAUAGCUAUCACAAUUAAAGCCAUGCCAACUAUGGAAACAACUCUUGAAAGACUUGAGUUUUGA